AUGCGAAAAGGUGAACCUCUACUACAUUUUCGACAAGCAUUUGUUUUUGAUAUGGCCCAGACUGAAGUAACGCCACGCCGAAUAAUUCCAGAGGAAGAGGUGUAUCGGCAGGUGUUUGAUGCUGAGGUAAGAAUCUUCCUUGUCAACCCUAGUUUAAUUUUUUGCUACCAUUGGUCAUCUCUUUUGAGACUGCUACAUGUAUCAGGGCUCAGCCUCUUUCUUACAUGCUGUUCUCGUGGAUUAUAAGCUUAUUUAAACCUAUGAUGGUUAAACGAUACUUCACUAUUCAAUGUAUUGCUGGCUUUAAAAGCACGGAGCGAAAAGGUAAGCUUGCAUGCUUUCAUUCAAGAUGGUUACGUUGCAGCAGUACUUUGCAGCAUGUACAUGUAUUAGUACAAAUGAUUUGUGACACUAUCCUGGCCGUUUUAGGGUCUGUGGUUGUUUAUUCACCUUAAAAUCUAUUAAUAUUUAUGUUCUAGUGUAUAAAAGAAUUAUUCUGUAGUUAAAAAUCAUGGUAUUUUCCAAUGUUUACGUAUCGGUAGAUUAGCUAUAUAUAUAUAUGGUCGAUGUUCGAUGUUCAUCCUUUUCGACUGCUUCUAUAAGUAUAUAAAAGAUAGGGACUUGAAAGGGAAAUCCGGCAAAAAAUGUCAAUAAGUAUCUAGUAAGGCCAAGUGACACUCAAAACUUUAAGUUUGGUUCUCAUUGACUGACCAGACUGAUCAGAGCACACCAAUGAUCUUAAACUCAUGAUUUCCUUGUGUUAAUGAACUCACACCCUUAAGUUUAAAUAUGAAAUUGUAUUUUUAUUUUGACAAAAAAAUAAUUUUUUACUGUGUCGCUUGACUGCAUCUGCUGUUUUACUUUAAAACUUUCCGCUACAGCUGUAUAUGAGUUAAUUUUAUAAAAAAUUUCGGAUGUAAGGCGCUAGAGUAUCAUUGGUUGAAAGAGCGUGCUCUAUCAGAGUACAUAACGCGGAGCUAUAAAGCUAAAGCUGUCACAAUUUUUGCCAAUUUGAACUAUGUCAACCAUUUCUCGGACUUCUAUCUAGCUUUCUUUCAUCAAUUGAAAGUAAAAUUUCAGAACAAGGCAGCCGGCAAGUAGCAACAGUCAAGAACCAAACAAAGGUUUGUAAACAUACCAAGCACUGUAUUUGAUGUUAUUAUAAUGUGAGCAGAGAUGAAAAUCCUCAAAGAGAAAACAAAAUGAACAGUUAAAUUUUUAAAUGGUUUUCAUGCUUAGUCAGGUUUUAAGCUUACGUAUAAUAAUGAAAAUCAAACAUAGCUAACACCUGUGUAAUAUAUACAGUUUGGUGUUCAAAAAUGAAAGAGAAAAAAACAGGAAUGGGCGACUGAGAUCAUACUGAGGUCCUUCAUGGUAAUUUCCAGUCAUCCACAGUCAUCCAGUCAUCACUGUCCUUCAAGUGAACAACUAAGAGCUAAUGCUCUAAUAUCCUUUCCAUUGCCUUAAGUGGAAGGCCACCUCAGUCACAGCAGCCAGGUUUUUUUAUACUGCCAUUUUGAACAAUCUUCAUGUUCCUGUGAAUUUGACUGUUGUUCAUUCAUAAAACACAUACCAUAAGCAGUUUGUUUUCUAAUUGUCAUGUGAAAAAACAUGCAUGUUUUUAAGAGCUGUAAUUCGGUCGCAUUUCAUUAUACAUUUCAUUUUCAGCUGUAUUAAGACCAAAAACUCAGGCAAUAGUGUUAAACUCCACCUGCCAAACUUUUUCAGUUUGUUGACUAUUGCAGAUUGUGAACUUUGAUGAUUUGACAUUUUUGACAGCCCUACUCUUGUUCAACCAAUCAGAUUAUUUGAACCAUUCUAACCAUGCUGACAACUCUGUUGUUCGCUUUGGAAAUAAAGUUUGUUUUGAAAUUUAAAGUAAUAUGUGGGUAGUUUUAUGGAUUUUUCAUGUUAAAACAAAUAGAGAAGCCUUGCCUGUGCUCUGUUCUGUUAUAAAGCACUUGGAAAGCAGCUAGAGCACUCAAGAAGUGGAGAGAAACACUUGACUACAUCUUGUGUUUGUUCUUAUACUUCUUUCACACUCUACCCACUUCCUGUGUGCCUUACAGCAGAACAGAGCACAUUCAAGGCUUCUCCAUUUGUUAAACAGAACACACAAUGCCAUGUGAAAAGAGUUUACAACUUCUUGUUUUGUGAUUAACAACAAGAAACAAUGGCACAUGCUGAGAGAAGACAUAAUUCUUAAUGCAACCCUACAUUGUUGAAACCUAACAAUAUACUAAGUGGAGCAGUCUUUGAAUAUCUGCUGUGCUCUAUAGCCAACCAAUACUUUAUUAUCAGUUUAAUUUAGAUUGCUCACAUAAAUGUAGUUUCCAGCCAAUGGUUAAUUUCCCUGAAGCUAUUAACAUUUUGGUUAGCAAAUAUAUUUGUAAUUUUUUUUGGAGCAAGAGAGAGACUUCAUAACUCCAUUUAGUAAGUUUCACCCUUGAAUGCUGUUAACUUUCUGGCUAGGUAAGCCUUGUGAAAGCACUGGAAAACGAAAAGUUACCAUCCAAACCCAGGUCUGCACCUCUGUUACCUCUGGUCAGGGAAUCUAGAGCUGUUACUGGUCAUGGUAUUCUAACAAACCGGCAAAAGAGAUGGAUGCAGGGCCGGCCAAAUGAGAGUAGCAUAGAGAAUCCUGUGCAUUUCAAGUAAGUCAUAAAAAAUACCUACAAUGAGAAAGGAGAAUAAACUUAAUAAAAAUAAAGGAUGUUUACAAGGCUGCAAUUUUGAAUAUAGUGGUUUGAAUAACCUUGAAAACCCUUUUAAUUUCAGGUAGACUCUGUCUACCUAUCAUAAACAGUUUUUUUUUAACCUGUAUGACCUGUUGUGCUACAAGUAAGUAUCCACUCAAUGUCUGGGUAAUUGAUUGACAGUGAUUGUCACUCCCAGACCAUCUAUGCCUAAUGUUUAAUUGCUGUCGAUCAAGUCAAACAAGCAGUUUAUUUAGACCUUCAUGACAGCACAUAGGUUCUACCACCAAGGUAAAGAUGAUGCAUGCACAUAAAAACUUGGUUUCAGUUAACAGAAGUGUUCAGUAGUUCAUUAUUAAUAAUGUAUUAUUUAAAUAAAUGUAAUUGAUUUUAGAUAUGCAGCUCUUGAUGCCAUACAGAAUACUUCCAAACCAGAUAGCUAUUUUGAUGCUCUUGAAGUCAGAGGGCUUCCAGAUACACCAAGUACGUAAUUAUUGUGGAUGGUACCGUCAAUGUAAAUACAUCGUAAAUGUUUUCAGUAAUUUCAGAUUGUUUCAGCUUCUUUAUACUAUGCAAGAAAUGAUCGGAAGUAAUUUCUGAUUGAUAACUGUUGCCAUAAAUUUAUUCAACUUUUAUUCCCCCUUUUUUGCCUUUAGAAACAACUUACAAGAAGACAAAUAUCAUUGAGAGACUAGAGGCAAGCAGAAAGGAAAGGUGAGAUGAAUUUUGAUGCAGCAGUUGUGCUGUUCUGAUUAUUUCAUAUAUAUUUACCCUAGCCAGUGAUUACCUUUGAAAGCAAUAUCAUGUAAUGUUCAAUGGUUUCACAUUUUUAUGUUUCUUCCAUUUGGCGCUAAAAUUUACUCAAUGACAGAUAUUUUUGUGCAGACAGUCUCUGCUCUGAGACAGGAAGGUGAACUGAAGGCAAAGUUAGAAGAAGCAGUACGAGCUCUCAGAAACAGAUUAUGGUCAAGAAAAAAUGUACAAAUUCUAAGCCACUUGAAGGCUUUUGUGUCUAUUCUUUGCAUAUUAUUUAGCACUUGGAUAUUCCCCAUUUAAGCUAGGGAAUAAUUAUUUAGUCAUGUUUCACAAUAAAAGAUCAAUCUCAUUCAAGUAAAAAUCAUUGAUGGAUUAUAAAUCACUAUUUUUUAAAAAAAACUUUCCUCUAUAUUUAAGACAUGAGUCAUAUUUGGAAGAUAUGUAUCAAGAGUUUGGAGUCAUCAAUGCUGUAAGUAGAUACAUGUACAUGAACAUGUAAACACCACUUGUUAAUCAUAGUCUUUGUAAAAAAUGAUUGAUUGUUUUUUGUGCACAGAGACAGUGGGUGGUUAACCAUUGUUGUUGGGAGCAAAUUAUAAUAAUAACACUGAUGAGAUUAAUGUAGAGGGAUCAAUGAUUGUGUAUAUUUCAUGAAACAUGCUAGUAUAACAGUUACAAAGUUUCUACAGUGAUGAGUUGGAGGUGGAUUUGUUUUGCAAUUUUAUGUUGGUGAUCAGCAUGUAUGUAAUAGGUCUGCUUGAAUUUAAUAGAAGUCAAGCUGAGAGUUAGCAGCUUCAAUACUUUUUCACUGCUGCAGAAAAUACCAGUACUGUAAAUCACGCAAACUUUAGAUCUUCUAAGCCUAGGCACUGUAACAGCAUGGCAGAAACACUUACUUACUUACUGCCCAUCACCCCUCUUGGCAUGUAAAGGGUAGCCAGGAAAUCUUUCCAUUUGUUCCUAUCCUGAGCCCACUUCUGGAUUUUCCCCCAUGUUUUAUGUAUGUACUUUAUCUCUACCUCAACUGUCCACCACAAAGUUGUUCAAGGUCGGACUCUCUUUCUCUAUCCCUCUGGUGUCAGGUAGAUGGCCACACUUGCAAUGCUGUCGGGUACUCUCUGAAGGACAUGCCUGAACCAUCUCCAUCUUUGUUUUUAAAGGAUGGUUUUCAUAUAUCUUUAAGUUGGCAGUUCCCUAGUAGCUCUUGACUGGAGAUGGAAUACUGACAACCUUCUAAGAUCGGCUUCCCUCGUAUGACAUAACAGAAACAGCAGUGGAAGUAACUCUAUGGGCUUAUUAGACCUCAUAUUAUUUCGUUAAAUUUCUUUUCAGGAACUGGAACCACGCAUUCUUGAAUCAUGUGAGAAUUUAAAAGAGCAUUUGCUUGAAAAUGAUACAGGUAACAGACUUGUUUUGAGUGAUUUAAGGCCAAAUGUUUGGUUAUUACCUUUCAAGGCGCUAAAAAGAAUCAAGGAAGUUUUUGCAUCUUACUUUUUUUCCCAUGAUUCUGUGCCAAAAUAGUGAUAAAUAACCGUUUUGCUGUAUUUAGUUCUAAGAAAGAUUUUUUUUUUUAUUUGCUGGUACUGUUAAGUGUUAGGAAUUUUAAAAGACCUCGAAAUAGGUUGUUAACUGUGACUUUUCGUUCUGUCACAGAAAUAGAGCAGCUGCUACAAACAAUCAAAAGUGAUGAUGUAAGUACAACGGUCAAUUUGUACAAAAUGAAUGACUUUUUUUCUCAUUCGUAACCUCACAGCGAUGGUAUAAUUUUUAUGUCUAUGUCUACAGAUAAUUCCCAAUGUACAGAAAACUGUCUCUUAUCUUAGAAAAAAUUUCUGGUUCAUUGCAGGACCUGUUGCUUCACAACCUGUCUGACUUGGAGGAACUGUGGGAUUCCAUUUCCGGACAUUCCGUUUGUCGUCAAACAUGGAUUAGAGAGUUGGAUGCUAUUCUGGAACAGGUGGAGAACGACAGGGGUAAUUUGGUGAGUAUCUAAUUCAAACAGACAAUAUGAUACGUAGUAUGAGUAAGCUCGGGUCUUUCCAGGUGAGAAAAUAUUUGGCUGAAGGCGUAAUGGUCCUCUGUAAAUCAGCAUGUUAUCAUAUGACCGCCGUCUGUCCUCUUUCUUCCUUUCUGCUGGCGGGGCCGCACGUUUCCAUACCUUAAAAUCAGCAUCUACUGCGCACUCUAAGAAUAUGCCAAGGGAAACUCUGAACUGUUUUUACACUGGAAUCAAAGUCAGUUCCAAUAAUUUAUUAGUUUUAUUGAUAUGUAGUGUUUCUCCCUCUCUGAUAGAUUCGCGAGACUCUUAAAAGUUACAACAAAGUUCUUGAGCGAGUAGCGCACCUGAUGCCACCUGAUGUACACAGGUUACUUGAGAGAGAAGCUCAACGCGUUAACUCUACUAUUCUGAUGAACAGGAGAGCAUAUGCUGACCUCACUUCUCAUUUACUGAGUGGUAAUUUCUACGAGUGAUAUUUAGGGGAGCGUUAGCUCAAUUAACUCUCCUGUGUGCGUAUAUCUACCCGUAUAAAGACCACAGAAAUUACUCUAUUCAGUUUCCUCUUGCAAAAAGAUCUCAGCAGACGCGUUACGCCUGUCGCAUGUAUUGGCGGUCAAUUUUAAUACAAAAUUCAGAUCGAAUCACGCUGUAAUUGUACUUGAAUUUAGUUAGGAAUACUCAAAUAAACAACUGAUCUUCUCCCGGUAGCUAAGUUUUUUUUUUUCCCAAUGAAAAAUUCUUGAUUUGGGUGUAUUAAAAGUAGAUCUGUUGAAGUAGAGCUGUCAUUUUAAGUAAAACCUUUCUAUGAUUGUUAAUUUUUAAGCUGAUGUUGAACGUGAGAGGCAGUGUUACAUCUCCUGGCAGAGAAGGGUGGAAGACUGGAGGCAACUGAAAUGUGAAGUGGCCAUACAGACAUUUGAGUAAGUCAGCAUGACUAGCGACUCAUCUCUAGUCGCAAGAGAAGAUGGUGACUAAUUUUUUUUUUAUUUUUUAUUUAUUUUUUCAUCAGUUUUUAUCGUGGGCCAUGCCAGACCCUGAAGUGUAGACCAUCAGUUUCCUUAAAACAAAAAUGCACGCUUACCACAAAGAAAAGUAGAAAGUUACUUUUUUGAAAAGAAAAAGACAAAAAGAGAUCUUUUACCUCUGACAUGACUCUGUUAGUUGUUUUUCCGUUUGGUUAAAUAUUUUAACUGUGAGGUUGAGCUGUGGCUAUAAGAUACGUUCGGUACAUUAGUUCAUUAGCGGCAGAAUCAUGGCAAACCCUAAAGGGCGAGUUACCAUUGCAUUUCCUUGAAAAACUUGAACAACUUAUCUUUUCAGCGAGUUCAUGCAGAGCCCAGCGAUUAAAGAUCCGCCAGACCUUAAAAGGAAGAUGCAGUUUUUCACUACAGAACAACAGACAUUAAACAAGAAGCGAUUGGAUCUCCUGGAAUCGCUAAGGUUUGUCAAGUGACUAAGUGACUCGGUGGAAUUAUUGAUUUACUUUUUCCACGCACUUGCUCCUCAAUGUCGUGUUUUGAAAUUUACUUUUAUAAUUAAUGAAGAACUUGAUUAAUACUCAACCGCUCACUUGAAUCCUUGCCACAUUUACUGUUUCAAACGCUCUUUAUUCUUGAUUCUUUCCGUGCAACUCUCAGUUGCGAAACAGGCUUGCUAACGGAGCACAAAUGUCAUUUAAAAUGUUCACUGUUCAUGCCCCGUGCGUUUUUUGUAGCACCUGUUUUCAUUGUUUCAUUCUGAUUUGGCCACUUUUUUCAUACAGGAAUAUGAGGCCUCCUAACUCCACUAAAUCUGCUGUUUAUCAGUGGAACACUGGACUGACAGACAUAUGCCGUCAACUUGGUAUGUUCAUUCUAUAGUCUAUUUUUGAUUGGAUGUUAUAAAGCCAAAAUGAAAGGAAUUCAAAACGACCAAUCAGAACAAAGAAAAAUGACUUAAGGAGCCAAUGAGAAGUCAAAGUGAAAACAAGAAAACUGCCUCAGGCACAGGAGAACGUGAGAGAACAAUUCUUAUUAGGUUGUUGUUUGCUUCUGGUUGGUUGAUCUAGUUGAGGAAAAAGCAGUGCAAUAGCGGAUUACGUUCGACACUCAAUAGAAAAUUUCUCUUCCUGCAUUAAUUGAAUGUUACCUCUAUGGAACUUACAUUAAUAAGUAGAUUUAUCUUUGUGGUUUUUACUUUCUUCGUUUCUUGUCAAGAUCAUUGUCACUAAAGAUUCCAUGGAACAUGGCAGCUUAAAUUCGAUAUCCUUUUUUAUCCAAUUUUUUUUACUAUUGCAAGCGUUGUGUUUCUUUCAAACUCUUCGGGAUUAAGAAGUUUGGCGAUUGGUUUCUUCGUUUACUUGAUGCAAAAGCGUUUCCAGUAAACCAGCUCAGAAUAUUAGGUUUUGCACCUUUCACGUCUCACACCUCCUCUUUUUUUUUUGUUCUGUGCUUACAGAGGAAGUCCAUGCCAGAUACAAAGACAUUAUACAAAGCGAGUAUGAUCGGGUUAUCGACCAAUGCAUGGAGGAAGUCAACCGUGUCAAGGUUUGCUAA